UUAAAACAACAAACUAUAAAAGGAUAAGUCGAUCUUUAUACACAAACAGUAUAAAAUGACCGAUCAGUUAACAGAAAAACAAAUCGAAGAAUAUCGCGCCGCCUUUACGGUGUUGGACAAAGAUAACGAUGGCAACAUCUCCACAAAAGAUCUAUCGGCGCUAAUGCGCGUACUCGGACAAGACCCAACUGAUAUCCAGCUGCAUGACAUCAUCAACGAAGUUGAUAUCGACGGCAACGGAUCGAUAGACUUCUCCGAAUUCCUGCGUUUAAUGGUUCGCAAAAUGCGCCUAACGGAUCUGGACGACGAACUGCGGAUUAUUUUCCAAGUUUUCGAUACCAAUCAGACAGGCUUACUAGGCGUGAAAGAGUUACAGCAUGUUCUUCUUCUCCUAAAUGAAAAACUGCCGGAUGAUGAUGUUGCCGACCUGAUUCGGUCCUGCGAUGUCGAUCAAGAUGGAAGGAUCAAUUUUCAGGAGUUUGUCCAUAUGAUGAAUGUGCCAUCGUAGCAGCAUAACGUCAUCUAGAAAUGGCGGUCACUACCGUUAGUUUAAUCUUUUCUAAAUUUGCGGGUUGUUUUUGAUAAUCUCCAACGUCAAACCAUUACGCAACUCAUUUUUUUUGCUACUGAAAGUAGUGUAUCCCGGAAUUUUCUUUUCAGGCUUCUAGCUGUUUCGUAGUAAACAGAAACUUGUGA